AUGGGAAUUGCUACUAGAUUGGAUGAAGAUCCAUCUGGAAAUUGCAUUGAUCAAUCUAUGUAUCGAGGUAUGAUAGGUUCACUACUUUAUCUAACAGCGAGUAGACCUGACAUAUCUUUUAGUGUGGGUCUGUGUGCCAGGUUCCAAGCAAAUCUAAAGGAGUCUCACUUGUCAGCAGUAAAAAGAAUCCUUAGAUACUUUAAAGGAAAUGACGAUUUGAGUCUCUUCUAUCUUAGAAGUGAUUCUUUUGAUUUGAAUAGUUUUACAGAUGCUGACUAUGCAGGUGAAUUGGUAAACAGGAAAAGCACUUCAGGUAUGGUACAAUUUUUAGGACCUUGUUUAGUUUCUUGGGGUUCCAAGAAGCAAAACACAGUUGCUUUAUCUACAGUAGAAGCUGAGUAUGUAGCUGCAGCAGCAUGUUGCUCACAAGUUCUAUGGAUAAAACAACAGAAACUUCAAUCAAGAUUAACUGAAUUUGGAAAUUUAAAAUCUUUGAAAGAUUCAUCCAGUGUUUAA